UGCAGCGCUGACCCUUCAGGGAAUAGUUGGACACCUUAUGAGUGAUGGGUGACAUCUAUGCCAAUGUUGACUAUGACAAGUCUGUUGACCCAAGACUUUCAACAAAUCAGACAGGUCCCAGGAGCUCAGAGAGGAGAUUUCAUGGAGCUAUUGUUCUCUGUCUGGGGCUGCUGAGUGUUUUCCUGCUGGCUGGGAUCAUCAGCCUCGGUGUCCACUCUGUAGAGCUCUCCUCUAUCAAAGCCAACCUGACUGAGCGUCUCCAGGCCAGUGAUAACAAGUCUUCUUCCCUGACUGAAGAGAGAGACCGGCUGAACUCCAGCCUCACUGAAAUGGCUAAAGAGUUGGACCGGCUUAAACAGAAGAAAACGUGUCCAGCAGGAUGGAGGAUGUUCAGUUCUUCCUGUUAUCUCCUCUCUGCUGAGAAAGGUUCCUGGGAGAAAGGCGGACAAGACUGCAGAGAGAGAGGAGCAGAUCUGGUGGUGAUAGAAAGCUCUGAAGAACAGACGUUACUCUCUGAUUUCAUCAAAAAAGAUACUUGGUAUUGGAUUGGUUUGACUGACAGAGAUGAGGAGGGGACCUGGAAAUGGGUAGAUGGAACUCCACUGACUCUGAAGAACUGGAGGACAGGGCAGCCUGAUAAUGGCGGUGGAGAUCAACAGUGGGUCGAAGAGGACUGUGCACAUAUUGGAUCAACCUUCACUGGGUGGAAUGACCUGUCAUGUGAUUAUGUUAUGUACUGGAUCUGUGAGAAAAAAGCUUAACAUUGGUGUACGUUUUGAGAUCAUACAUUUGAUAAAGCUUUUUACAGUGUCAGCUAUGAUCUCCGUCAUGUGAUGAUAUGCAUGUGUGCUUGUGUGUCCAUAACAGGGUAUCAGUGAACACAAAAUACUGGGACUAAUAUGUAUAUAUAAAAUGCCUGAUUAAUCUAUAUCUAAUAUAAGCAGCAAUGUAACCAAUUCCUCUUCAGUCUAGUGUGUGUCACCCGGGUGUACAUGAGGACUGUUGUUUGCAAUCAAUAAAUAAUCCUUUAAAAUCAGAGACAAAGACUGGUGUGCAUGAGGCUUUAUAGUAAGAGUGAUAUUCAUCAUACAAAGAGUUUGCAUGUUUGUUUUACUUCCUUUAAAAACAUUUAAAGCUGUAACAUUUACUCAGUGCGUUUGUACUGUCUUAAUUACUUUUACUUGAAUAUAAUAUUCCGGUAUUGUUUCCACCUGUUUAAAUACAAAUCUCAUGUUUUCAUCACAGGCCACAGCAAUCUCCACAGCACUGUGGAGGAAGGUCUGGACCCUCCACACAUACACUGUUAACGCCAUACAGUACACAACAACAUAAUCUGCUCUUACUAUAGUGUAUCGCUGUGUGUAUUUUGACCAUAGUGAAUCCCUGCCAAUAGGUCCGUGACUAUUUAACCUACUUUUUUUUGCACUUCUGGUUGGACGCAAACUGCA